CGAGUCUGGGGAGAGCAGAGUCAGUUGCGCCGCAGCGUUUGGUCAGUUACACCUUCUGGGUCACUGGUAGCCGCGGGAGCCGGGUGGGUCCUCGGCGAUGAUCCGGCAUUAAGGACCUGGAAUCAUCUUCUGUCUCAGGUGGUUUGGGGAAAAUACAGGGACACCCAAAGAUCAUCUACUUGACUAAACUUUUUGCCCUGAACUUCAUGAAGAAAUGAUAGGAGGCAGGUGUAUGUGCCUUAGAAGAGCACUGAGCUCAGAGGAGAGCAACACGGAGUUUUGGGGGUGUGCUUUAAGACUGUCACAUAACAUCUGCAGUCUGAAACAGUCUGUUUUCUGAAGGAGUUCCAUCAGAUGCAGAAGUUUGAACAUCUUUUAUGGCUCAAAGUGAUUGAAGUUAAUAGCGGAAGACUUUGUGUGUAUUUACUAGGGAAACUCAUGCUGAAAAGUGUGAUUCUAUCUUGUUAAAAGUAUGUAAUCCUAUUAGGCAUUUGUGUACAUCCAUGGCAGAAUCAUCCAGUGAUUCGGAACACUUCCGCUUUCAUGACCGAUUGAGUCAGUGGGCUACCAGGUCAGCUCGUAGGGAUACCCGCAGUCAGCCUACAGUCACUGAGAAGGUCAACACUAUAACAAGUACUUUACAGGACACCAGUAGGAAUCUGCAACAAGUGGACCAGAUGCUUGGGCGAUAUCGAGAAUAUGGUAGUGGACAGGCGGGUGCUAUAGAACAGUUAAAAGAAAACUUGGAACAGUCAGUAGGCCAACUACGAAAUCAGCGAUUGUUGAGAAACUCAGGAGGGAGAAGUAUUUCUGUUACAAGUCUGAGUGCAAGUGACCUUGAUGGUGGCACUGUGACAGAGAGCCACCGUUUUCCACCUACCUCGCCUCUCAAGGACUAUGAUUCACAGGGUAUUAAACGAAUUAGGUCCAGAACUGGUGUCCGGUUUGUUCGGGAGACUGAUGACAUGGUUCAGGGUAUGCAUGCUUUUCAUCAGUCUCUCCGAGACCUCAGCAGUGAACAAGUUCGCCUUGGGGAGGAUUUCAACAGGGAGAUUUCCAGAAGAAGCCGGUCGGAUGCAGAAACAAAAAGGGUUUUAGAACAAUUGACUGAAAAACUGAAUGAAACCCAGAAGCAAGAAGUGGUUUCAGAUCGGGUGGAGCGACGGCUUCAAGAAAUACAGAGAGAGAUGCGCACUGAAAGAGAGCUGGUGGAAAGACGUCAAGAUCAGUUGGGAAUCAUGUCCUUGCAGUUACAGGAGGCAUUGAAGAAACAAGAAGCUAAAGCAGAAGAGAAUGAGGGAGAAAUGAUAAAUAAGCUAAGACAAACUGAAACUGAGAAGAGUCAACUUGAACAGGAAUUGCAGCUGUCUCGCAGGUUAUUGAAUCAGUCAGAAGGCAGCAGAGAAACACUUUUACAUCAGGUAGAAGAACUGCGUACACAACUUACAAAAGCAGAAGGUGAUCGGAAGGGUUUACAACAUCAAGUGUCUCAGAUUUCCAAGCAACAGUCAAACCAUCAGGAUGAACAAGGAGAUGACUGGAGGUUUAGGAGAGGGGUAGAGCCAGAAAAACAUGAUCUGGAGAAGCAGAUGUCAGAUUUGAGAAUGCAGCUGAACUUUACCGCAGUGGCUUCUGAGUUGGAGGAAGUGAAGCGGUGCAUGGAGCGAAAAGACAAGGAGAAUGCAAAUUUGGCAACUCAAAUCGAGGUGACUUUGAAUUUAACACGUGAGUUGGAGAACAGGGAAAAACAACAACUACAGAUGUUGGAUCAACUCAAGGAGAUCCAGAAUCACUUUGAGAUAUGUGAGACUGACCGUAGAGAGGCCAACCUCCAGAUCUCAGAGCUGACUCAACAUGCAGAGGAUGCCACCAAGCAGGCGGAGCAGUACCUCAGUGACUUCCAACAAUCAGAGACCCUGCGAGAGGAGGCAGAGAAGAGGAAAGAGUACCUCAAAUUGAAAGCUCAAGAAUCCAUUAGGCAAUGGAAGCUUAAGCAUAAGAAAUUAGAGCGAGCAUUGGAGAAACAAUCUGAAACUCUUGAUCAUCUGACAGAGAAGAAUAAUCAGAUUCUAAAAGAAAAGGAUGAAUUGAAAAGUCAGCUUUAUGCAGCAUUACAACAGAUGGAAAAUCUUAGAAAGGAGCUGAAUGAGGUCUUAACCAAGCGUGCCGUUCAAGAGGAGGAGCUUCAGGCUAAGGAGAAGAAACUAAGUGAUGUCAAGUCUCAUCAAGCUGACCUUGAGACAGAAGUUAAGAAUUCCUUGGACACCAUUCAUAGACUAGAAGGUGAAUUGAAAAAGCAGAGUAAGAGUCAUAGCCAGAUGAAAAUUGAGAAGGCUCACCUAGAAGAAGAAAUUGCAGAACUAAAGAAGAGCCAGGCUCAGGACAAAGCUAAACUUCUUGAGAUGCAGGAGUCCAUCAAAGAUUUGAGUGCCAUUCGAGCAGAUCUGGCUAACAAACUGGCUGAAGAAGAGAGAGCUAAAAAGGCCGUGCUGAAGGAUCUUGCUGACCUCACAGCCCAGUCAAAAUCCAGGGAUGAUGAAACAGCUACCAUCAUUACACAGUUAAAGCUCGAACGAGACGUUCACCAGAGGGAGCUGGCAGAUCUCACAGCAUCACUGCAGACUGUGAAAACGAAACAUGAGCAAAAUAUCCAGGAGCUGAUGAAGCACUUUAAGAAGGAAAAGAGUGAAGCAGAGAAUCAUAUUAGGACACUGAAGGCAGAAAACUUAGAAGAUAAGAAUAUGGCUAAGCUCCAUCGUUGUCAGCUAGAGAAGUUGAAAUCACAGUGUGAGAAACUUACAGAGGAGCUAACCCAGAAUGAAAAUGAAAACAAAAAGCUGAAGUUAAAAUACCAGUGUUUGAAGGACCAACUAGAGGAAAAGGAAAAACAUAUAAGCAAUGAAGAAGAACACUUAAGGAGGAUGGAAGAAGCCAGAAUGCAGCUAAAGGAUCAGCUUCUUUGUCUGGAGACUGAACAAGAAUCCAUUCUUGGUGUGAUAGGAAAGGAAAUUGAUGCAGCUUGUAAAACUUUUUCCAGGGACUCAAUGGAAAAAUUCAAAGUUUUGUCCUCUGGUCCUGAUAUACAUUGUGACCCACAUCGCUGGUUAGCAGAAAGCAAGACUAAACUUCAGUGGCUCUGUGAGGAACUGAGAGAGAGAGAAAACAGAGAGAAAAAUCUGCGACACCAGCUGAUGCUUUGCAGACAACAACUCAGGGAUCUGACUGAAAACAAGGAAUCUGAGCUCCAGUGUCUCUUUGAACAGAUAGAAAGGCAGGAACAACUUCUGGAAGAAAUACAUCAGGAGAAGAGAGGUCUGCUAGAAGAGACACAAAGAAAAGAUGAAGAAAUGGAAUCUCUGCAGCCGAAGCUACUGUUUAAACUUCUACCUUGGGAAGACGGUAGUCAAACCACAGUGAAAAAUCAGAAUGAAGCUCAAUUUGAAGAAAAAGCAGACCGUGUUAAUGCAUUAGAAACGAGUACCCGAGUGGCUUUGGACCAUCUGGAGUCUGUGCCUGAGAAACUGAGCCUCCUGGAAGGUUUCAAAGACUUCAGAGAUUCCCGUAGUUCAUGUGAGAGAAUUGAUGGGAGAUAUUCUAAAUUCAGAGUUCACAGAGAUUCUCUUCAGCGGCGCCAAGACGAUACCAAAUACAGAAUGAAACCCUUCAAGGAUGACAGAACCUUUGCUGAAGAUUCCCAUGCUCAUGGGUUAGUUCACUCAUCCUCUUGGCAGGAUCACAGUCACUUCCUGUCUAGUCCACGAUUUUCACACUUGAACCAAUUUACCAAAAGAACCGUUGCUCCAGAUUCAGCUUUAAUGAAGGAAGAUGCCACAAGUUUACCAAUGAAUGGAACAAGUUCACAAUCCAAGAAGGAGGAAUAUGAGAGUAAAAAAAGCAAAAUGUAAUUAGUAACUCUACUUGGAGUGUUUUACAAAUAAUAGCAUAUCUAUCCUUGCUGUUUUGGCCCAGGUUGUCCAACAGACAGACCUGUGGCUUUGGCUCUUUUGUAUUGCCAGAUAUCAACUAAAACAAUAAUACAAAUAGUCUUUGCGAAUGAUUUUAAUCAAUCCAAAUAAUAAUAAGCAAUUACAGACGUGCAGCUAACUUGCUGGCAACUUAUACUAGCAGAAAAAGUGAUAUUUUUCUCUUCACAUUUUCCUUUUUAAUGUGUGGUAAGUCACAAUUUCCUGACCAAAAUUGGGAUUUAUAAUUGAUGCCUUUCUAAAAUUUCUGACUACAAAGGAAGAAAAUGCACUUCUUUUGAGGCAAAAGUUGCCAGCACUUUAGAUUCAGGGAGCAUUUAUAUACAAUUGAUUUUUUUUCUUAAUGCUUUCUCCCUAAUAAAUUAUCAUGUGUUAUAACAUGUCAUGGAGAUAAGCAUAUAUCAUAUUGGACAGUCCACUUUAUAAAUGCUUAAGAUUGUUAUAUCCAUCAUCUCAGCAGUCUAUUACUACAUGUAGUAUCUUAAAUUUAUUUCCAAUCAUCCAUUUUUAAUAGCAAUAAAGAAUUUAUAAAUGAUACUGAAUUGUAGAGCGCUGUAAAGAAUUCAUAGCGCAAUUUAUUUAUUUGUCUUUUGUGGUCAAAUAUCCCACUGUGAUCACUCCAGUCAUAUCCUGGACCAUCUUUUGUUUACUAUGAUCAGAAUCUCAAUACCAAAUUUCUGUACCUAUAAGGUUCCUUCUGGAAGAGUUUUCAUAUAAUUUGGUACUAUCUUAUCUGCUUUUCAUGUCCCAACUUUUCUCAACAUUGAAGUGUUUACAAGAACUUAUCCCCUUUACAAACUGAUCUACCAGUGUAGAAAGAUUUAUAUUUAAAUGCUAAAUAAUGACAAAUAUCUAGGAACUGAUUCCUAGUGGGUCAUGGUGGAAAGAUUCUGCACAGAGGCAAGGACAAUAAAGCAAUUCCUUUGUAAUGUGUGUUACAUUUUUGUGUUUGUUAAAAUGUAGUUGCUUACUAGAUUUCUCACAUUUUAUAAAACUUCUAUUUCCACUAAACAUGUUUUCCUAACUUACUGUAGCUGAGUACAGAGUUAGCACUCUCUUUCCAUGAACUUGAAUGCAAUUCUUAUUAUAGAAAUGAAGAUGUUGAAUAUCCAAAAAUUAAAUAACACAAACUUCUUAGCCUCUGCGAAUACAGCAUAAAUUUAUCAUUUAUUCAUUCUAAAACCCUCUUUUUGAGUUCCUAAUAUAUGCUAGUCAUGCUAGAAGAAAUAGAAAAACAAGUGGAUAUGUUCAAAAGUGUGUUUGAUAUUAUGAGCUACAUGAGAAAAAAGGGUGAUGUGUUUAGGCCAGUUAAAAAAAAAAUAAGACAUUAAAUAGGUUUGAUUUUGUUUUAUCUAACCUCAGAACUUAACAGGGUUGUUAAUGUGCAUUUUGAGGUUUUAACUGGAGAAGUUCUGUGAAGAUCAUAUCACAGUCCUGGUAUUCCAUGUAACCUGUA